AUGAAUUCGGCUCUCUUACUAUCCGCACUACCACUGCUACUCAUUUCUGCGUCUCUAUUUAUGCCGGCGGCGUCUUCCCUCGGAGUCAACUACGGCCGAGUCGGGAACAACCUCCCCUAUCCGGAGUCCGUCGUCACCCUUGUCAAGUCCGUCGGCGCCACCCGCCUGAAGCUCUACGACGCCGACCCCCGCGUCCUCAAGGCCUUCGCCAACACUGGCGUUGAGUUCAUCGUGUGCGUCGCCAACGAGUACCUCGCCGGAAUGCGCGACCCGAAGCAAGCCCUCGCCUGGGUGAAGACCAAUGUCCAGUGCUAUCUUCCGUCAACCAAAAUCAUCUGCAUCGCCGUGGGCAACGAGGUCCUCUCGCAGAACGACACCGCUCUCUCGGACAAUCUCCUCCCGGCCAUGGAAAGCAUCCACUCCGCCCUCGUCUCCCUCAAACUCGACCGCCUUAUCGCCGUGACCACCGCCCACAACCUUGCGGUGCUGGAGGUCUCGUAUCCUCCCUCCGCAGGCGCGUUCCGGCGAGAUCUGACACAGACGCUCUCCUGCAUCCUCGACUUCCACAGCAAGGUCGGCUCUCCUUUCCUCAUCAACGCCUACCCUUACUUCGCCUACAGAGCCAACCCCAAGCAGGUGUCGCUGGAUUUCGUCCUCUUCGAACCGGGCUCGCCGGAGAUGGUGGACCAUGGGUCCGGGUUGAGGUACGAAAAUAUGUUCCACGCCCAGAUCGACGCGGCCUACUUCGCGGUGGAGAGGCUGGGAUACAGAAAUGUGCGGCUCCAGAUCUCGGAGACGGGAUGGCCUUCCAAGGGAGACGCAGACGAGGCUGGGGCGACGCCGGACAACGCCGGAAAGUAUAUCAGGAACCUUAUGAAACUGAUUGCCACAAAAAAGGGGACGCCGUUGAGGCCCAAUCAAGACCUCAACAUCUACGUGUUCGCCCUGUUUAACGAGAAUCAGAAGCCCGGCCCAACUUCUGAGAGGAAUUUUGGGCUUUUUAAGCCUGAUGGGACGCCUGUGUACAAUCUGGGGUUAAACACGACCACCACUAACACGACCGACUCCAACUCCAAGCCCCCAUCUGCCACAACUGGGACCUCUUCUGAUGGCUACUUGGCUAUUACUGCUGAUGAUUCGGAGAGAACCCCUUUCCAAGCCAAGUUAUCGUUUUUGUGCUUGGUGUUCACAGCUAUUUUAGCAUUCCAGCUCUGA